AUGGAGAAACCCUCGAAAGUCUCCCGUGCCUUGAAGGCACUCGAGGUCCGCCACGAACCUGGCCUGACCGAUGUCCAACUCAUGCUCAGCAACGAAGAUCUGAAGCCUGUCGAACCUGAACGUAGACAAUGGGGUGCCUGGCACUUCGUCGCGUUCUGGAUGGCUGACUCGUUCAACAUCAACACAUGGAUGAUCUCAAGCGCCAGUGUCCAAGACGGCCUCUCAUGGUGGCAGUCAUGGAUCUGUGUGUGGAUCGGAUACACCAUCGCCGCCGUCUUCGUCAUUUCCACUGGCCGUAUCGGAGCAAAGUACCACAUCUCUUUCCCCGUCGUCUCUCGAUCCAGUUUCGGUAUCUGGGGCGGCCUUUGGCCAGUCUUCAACCGUGCAGCCAUGGCCUGUGUAUGGUAUGGUGUACAGAGUUGGAUCGGAGGCAACUGUGUCGAACUCAUGAUCCGAAGCAUCUGGCCUAGUUGGGACAAAUACCAGCAGGGUGGACCCAAGAACACCCUACCCGCCUCUUCGGGCACCAACACUCGCGACUUUGUCAGCUUCUUUCUUUUCUGGGUGUGCUCUUUGCCUGCACUAUGGUUCCCUGUUCACAAGAUCCGUCACCUCUUCGCGGUCAAGUCGAUCGUUGCACCUGCUGCUGGCAUUGCCUUCUUCAUUUGGGCUAUCGUUAGAGCACAUGGUCUCGGCCCCAUCGUCCACCAGCCUGCUAAGCUUGAGGGAAGUGAGCUCGGGUGGGCCAUUGUGAAGGGUAUCAUGAGCUCUAUCGCCAACUUUGCUGCCUUGAUCAUGAACAACCCCGACUUCAGCAGAUUUGCAAAGCGUCCCGAGAGCGCCAUGCUACCCCAACUCAUCACCAUCCCCGUCGGUUUCGCCAUUACAUCAUUCAUCGGCAUCAUCGUCUCAUCUUCCUCUGCCGUCAUUUACGGCGCACCUGUCUGGUCGCCUCUGACCCUCCUCGAGAACUUCCUCAACGACGCCCAUGUCACUGGCGCAACACGUUUCGGUGUCUUCGUCAUCGCUGCCGCCUUCUCUCUUGCUCAGCUUGGUACAAACAUUGCCGCCAACUCGGUCUCUGCCGGUACAGACAUGACAGCGUUGUUCCCUCGCUUCCUGUCCAUCAGAAGAGGCUCAUACAUCUGUGCCAUUGUCGGCCUGUGCAUGUGCCCUUGGAACCUGAUGAGCUCGAGCAACAACUUCACCACCUACCUAUCUGCUUACAGUGUAUUCCUGUCGUCCAUUGCCGGCGUCAUGGUCUGCGACUACUACCUCGUCCGCAAAGGAUACCUGCAAGUCCGAAACCUGUACUCGGCCGACAAGACCGGACCUUACUACUUCACCUUCGGCGUUCAUUGGCGUGCCUAUGCUUCCUACAUUGCCGGCAUUCUCAUCAACGUCGUCGGCUUUGCAGGUGCAGUGGGUCAAAAGGUUCCCGCGGGCGCAACAUACAUCUACGACCUCAACUACUUCUGUGGGUUCUUUGUCGCAGCAGCCACGUAUUGGUGUUUGUGCAAAGUGUCGCCUAUUCCUGCGACCAGCGAGACUUGGCUUGAGGUUGACGAUGACGGCGAGCCGAACAGCUUGGCAUAUGAUGGACAGUACGAUGAAGAAGCCAUGGGCGAUAUGAUGGAGGAUGGAAAGAAGCCUGAUGCCAAGGUGGUACAGUACUGA